AUGACUCAAAUAACCUUAUCUAUAUUCAAAAGUGAGAUUAGGUUUCUCUCUGACGGCGAAAACAAGAUCACAUUCCUCCUUUGUCACGACGGCGAUGAGAAGCCUCUCUGGAAAGAGAAUCCAGUGACGAGAGAAGCCUCUCUGGAACGAGAAUCCGCUGACAAGUUCAAGGUAUUGUCUUUCACGACAGCGACGAUACGCAUCUCUAAAAGAGAAUCCAUUGACGAGUUCAAGGUAUCGUCUCCCACGAAUGUUAACUCCUCUACCCGAUUCGCAACUUGUAACUGCCGUUGUGGAGCAGACCUUGCAAAGCAGCUAACAAACGCCCUUCUCAGUGUCCUUGAUAGCUGUGGAAGUGUCAGAAUCGCUCUCUCCUACAAAACCCCUGAAAAGAGUAAUUUUCAAGAGCUAGGAGAUAAACCAAAAGUCUCUAUUUGGAAUGGCCAAGAACCAAAUCCUUACAUGGGACAUUUAGCUUGGGGUGAUGCCUUUGUAGUGACAGCAGAUUCUGUUAGUCUCAUAAGCGAAGCCUGCAGCACCGGGAAACCAGUGUAUGUUAUUGGAGCCGAUUACUGUAAAUGGAAGAUUGCGGAUUUCCACAAGUCUCUGAGGGAACGAGGAGUCGUUCGCCCAUUUACAGGGUUAGAAGACAUGUCGGAAAGUUGGAGUUAUCCGCCAUUGAAUGACACAACAGAAGCAGCAAUGAGAAUACGGAGUGCAUUAGCUGCACGUGGAUGGAGUCUACGUUCUUGA